AUGGCGACCAAAGUCGGGAUGAACGUGCAGUCCUUCCCACGGCCGCCCCUACUGGAGCGAACUCCGCGGCACUUACAGAUCAACUGGAACGGGCAGUUGAUCGCAGACACGAAGGAGGCAUUCUGGGUUUUGGAAACCCAUCAUCCACCAACAUACUACCUACCGACCUCCUCGCUGCGCGUGCCCCUGACGCAGACCCCUCGGUCAUCCUACUGCGAGUGGAAGGGCAGCGCGACGUACUACUCGAUCAGCAGCGGCAGCACCACGGUCGCGAACCGCAUCUGGUCGUACGAGAGUCCGACCAAGCCCUUCGAGGCCAUCAAGGGCCAUCUGUCGUUCUACGCGGGGCCGUGGGACUGCUACGUCGACGGCGAGAAGGUCGAGCCGCAGCCGGGCGAUUUCUACGGCGGGUGGGUGACGAGCGAUGUCGACGGGAUCGUGAAGGGGAGGAUGGGCAACUUUGACCCUGUGUAG